CGAGCACGCUGGCUAGCGGCACUUUGAGCGGGGCACCGAGCGGCGCGUGCAUGUGAGUCUCGCAGCGCAUCAAGCAGCGAGCCUCUCUGAGCGGGCGGCGCAGCAUGAAUGUCAUCGAUCUCACCAUGGACGACGAGCCGGCCGUCGCCGCGCCCGUGCCUGCGCCUGAGCCUGUCGUCGCCGUCCACGCACUUGCUGCGCCCGUGCCCGGCGCUGCGCCAGCUGUCGAUCUCGAUGCCGCCGUGGCCUGGUGCGCGACUCGCCGUGCAAGGCUUGCGGGAGAAGCCCACGAGCAUCUGCAGGCAGCUGACUGCCGCCAUCAGCAGACGUCGUCGGCCUGCGCCGCCCGCGCCAGCGCCCGCCCUCCUUCCCGCCUCCACCCCCGCCCGUCCCGCGCCCAUCGACGAUGCCACCGCACGGCGCUGCGGCGACUGCUGCGCCCACCGACAUGCCGCUGCCGCACCGCGGGCCCACGCACAUGGGCGAACAUGCCUGGACGUGCACCUCGCGCGCUAUACGUGCGCGAGGGGGCCUGGCUCGGCCCAGGCGACGCUGGCCCGCGCACCGCCGGCUGCCCUGCGGCGCUGCUCCCGUGCCGCGCCGUUCGCAGCGGAGAGGAGCAUCUUUUAGAGCGUAGAGCUCUCGCGGCAGGCUCUACGCUGCUUCUGCGCGUCGCCUGCCGCCGUCCUGGUCUCGAGAUCUCGCACAACGACUAUGACGGUCUCGAGAGGUCGCGCACAUCGUCUCGCACUGCAAGUGAGCACGCUUCCACUUCGUGGUGGGUCGGAUGGGGCGUGACACAGGCGGAGCCGACGUCAACCAGCAUAGGCGGAGCCGUCGCUGGCGGGGGGGAGGGGGUGGAGGUGUCGGCACAGGUGAUCACACCGCCGCAGGCAUCUCGGAGGCGUAGGUGAUCACACCGCAGCCGGGGGAGUGGCGGGGAGGGAGGUCGCGCAUCACGCAGGCGGAGCCGACGUGAUCGCAAGCGCACAGCACAGGCGGAGCCGCCGUUGUGCGCGGGAGUGGCGGAGGUGGAGAUGCGUGUAGCGCAGGCUCCUCUCCAGCUCAAACAUGACAUGCACAGCGUACUGAACCGCGCCUCCCCUCUCCUUUUUCAUGCUCGUC